AUGGCUCACGGCAUGCACCCCGAAGUCGAGCGGACGAUGCGGCACAUCUUCAAGCGAUGUGUGCAGUGCCCAGCGAACGAGACCCCAACAUGUCCGGACUGCGCCAAAGGCGAGAUCUGCUCGCUCAUUCCCCAGGACUGCAACAACUGCGCGCACAUGGUUUGCAUCGCAAACCCCAACCCCGCGCCCAAAAGCGACAAGACGAACGUUGGCGCAAUAGCAGGAGGAGUGAUUGGCGGAGUCGUGUUCAUGGCCGUGGUUGUCUUCUUCCUGUGGAGGUUUUGGAUCAAGAAGAGGCGCGAGCAGCAAGAUCUGGAGACGGAGGAGUGGGAGGAAGAUGAUAUUGCCCAGCAGAAACACACCCAGCAGUUCAAUGCGAUGCGCUCGGACACCGCAUCGACACGGACGAAAGGGUCGAUAGCGAACAGUAUCCUGAGCCGCGCCAGCAACAUCAUCCAGAUUGCGUAUAUCCCGGGCGUCACGAACAGGAACGGAUCUGGCCAUAACAGUCUUCUGGCGAACACACCCGUACCUCCGAUACCUGCUGCAUAUCGCGACAACGCUCGCGGCACUACGACGCCGAAGAGUCCGUUGAGUAAUGCGGGAGAUGCAUUGUUCUUCCGACCAGGCGAUCUUCGGGAUAGCACGUAUUCAGAUGGCUCUUCCAUCAGAUCUGCAAACAACCGAUACACUCAAUACACACGACAGUCCAUCACUCCAUCACUGGCACGCUCCUCUGUCAUGUCAGACAUCUACAGAGACGACGCAACAGCCGAGCCAAUGCCACCUAUGCCCGUACAGAGAAUCAUGCGUGGGGCGCCGAAGAUGGUCUCGGUCAAGUCACAAGGUUCAUCGCCAUCUGAAUCGCCAGGAUCCGAGAGUGCGCCAAGCACAGUCAAGGUGAUGAUGCCAGGUCAAGCAAGCAGCAAUUCAUCUCCGUCUUCGAAUACUGGCUCGUUUGUCAAAGCCACGCCAAUUGUGGUGGGCAAGAACAAGGGCAGAUUUCCUAUAGCACGGCAGAACAGUGACUCUUCGUUGACACCCUCUGCUAAGCACGCCCCAGCAGUGCCGUCGCCACUCGUUGAGACAUCGACAGAAUCAGGGGACGAAGAGGAACAUGCACGUGCGAGAAGAUCACUGAUCCAAGCAACGGCACGAGCUGCGGACCCAGCGCCGCUGAUCCAACCUCUCGAGAGUCCCUUCUUCGAUGCAUCAGAGCUGCAGACUGCAGCAUCUUCAUCAGCAGCUGACAGGCCGAAUCCAUACGCUGCCAUGUCGAAGACAGUAGGUCACCAGAGAGCAGUGCGGAACGAUCGAGGCCCAGGCGGCUUAAGUGCAGUGAUAGAAGAGGCAGCCAAGCGAGCAAGUCAGGAUCGAGACCAUGAUGGGACAGGUGGCAAACGGGACUCGAGCCCGUUCAGUGACGCGCACGCAGCGAAGUGA